AUGAGCGCACAGGAGCAGGACCGGCUGCGUGUCCUCUUUAACGCCUACGACGUGGACAACUCCGGGCGGAUCGAGAGAGACGAGUUCCUCACCAUCUGUGCGGAGCUGCAGGUGUCCGAGGCCGAGGCUGACGGGAUAUUUGACCGACUGGACGUGGACAACGACGGGACCGUCACCCUGCUGGAGUUCAUCAGCGGCUUCCACGACCGCUACGGAGAGGACAUGGAGUCGGACGGAGGAGACGUGUCCGCCGCCUGGGAGAACUUCGAGAUGAGACUAGGAGAGCAGGCCAAGUUCAUCCCCAAGAAUGAACAAGCAGCUACGUUGUACCAGAACAUCAGUCUGACUGAGCCGAGACUGAUAAAUCAGUUUGAGAAAGUCAUCAUAAACUUCACCAAAGAGAUCAAACAGCAGAACUCAGAGAUGGAGAACCUGGCUCUCGCCAUCAAACGAGCGCAGGACCAGGCAUCUAUGCAGCUCAGUGAAAUGGAAGAUGAGAUGGACCAGCGCAUUCAUGCUGCGGAGAGAAAAACACGAGAGCAGGAGAAAAGGCAAACAGAGGCCGCACUGAGCGAGUUACGGAGAAGUUAUGAAACUGAAGUGUGUGAGCUGCAGUGUAAGAUCCAGAGGAUGCAGAUGAUAGAAGAGAAGUACAAGAACAUCACUGUGAAAGACGAGAGUCCUGCGCUGAAGAAGAAGAUAAAUGAGCUAACACUGGAGAACCAGCGGUUAAAACAGGAGCUGUUGAAGUCUCAGACCAAAGUUGCCUGUCUGCGCAGUGAGAUGGACUCGCUGAAGACGGAGCUGACCGAUCAAAGCAUCAGCUCUGAACGAGAUGAGGAGCUCAUGACACACUUCUCUGAUGAGCGAGACAUCUUGGAGAACCAGAUCGAGAUUCUGCAGACGGCCAACAGGAAGCUGCAUGACAGCAACGAUGGCCUGAGGACCGCCUUGGAGAGAACCAGCAGGUCUAGUAACGGUGGAUCCCCAGGAGACAUAAAGGACAGAAGCAGAAGUAAAAGCAUCUGCUACACGUCAACUCAUGCACUAAUGGAUAGGUUCUGCCAGCGUAUGGAUGAUUUCCCUUUGUACAGCCGCCGACCCAGCUGUGACAGUCUGGCCUUGGCCAUGUGUGACCCAGGCCUGAGGCGCAGACGCAGCAGUGAGUGCGAGGAGGACAGCCUGCCUGAGAUCUACAUGGACAGCGGCCUGUCGACACUCAGAGGUUCCCACGGAGGCUACGAUUCAGAGCAGGAGACCAAAGGUCAAGAAGAAGAGGAAGAGGAAGAGAGGGAGCAGAAGAAAGGGGAGCAUGACAACAAUGAUAGCAUCACGGGAGAAAACUCUGACACUGAGCCAGCAGAGACUCAGGACAGUGAGUCAGCAUUCGGGUCAGACAGCAGUUCAGUUUUGGACUGGAAGCCAUCUGAAUCCAUCAGUGUGACCAAUACCCCAGCCCCAACUACACGAAAAGCCCUGAGUGCCAUCAGUGUUCAGAAGGAGGACAAGGACAGCACAGACCUUGGCUACAUGACAUCAGAGAAGGCUUACAGGAUUGUGUUGGCUGGAGAUGCUGCUGUGGGAAAGUCCAGUUUCCUGCUUCGCCUCUGCAAGAACGAAUUCAAAUUAAACUCAAGCGCUACAUUGGGAGUGGAUUUCCAGAUGAAGACUCUAGUCGUGGAUGGAGAGCCUGUUUUACUACAACUAUGGGACACUGCAGGACAAGAGAGGUUUCGCAGCAUUGCGAAGUCGUAUUUCCGCCGGGCCGAUGGUGUGUUGCUGCUGUACGACGUCACCUGUGAGAAGAGCUUUCUUGAUGUACGAGAGUGGGUGGACAUGAUUGAGGAUGUGUCUCAGGAGGAUAUUCCCAUCAUGCUCGUGGGUAAUAAGUGUGACCUUAGACAAGAUGGAGCAAACUGUGUUCCUACCAGCUAUGGACAAAAACUGGCCAUGACAUACAACACUCUGUUCUGUGAAACUAGUGCCAAAGAUGGUUCCAACAUUCUGGAGGCUGUGCUGCACCUGGCCAGGCAGGUAACCAAACAGGCUGCAUUUGAUGACAAAAGUCACUAUCAGUCGCUGCCCAACUUAGAUGCUCCCAGGAAGAAACCAAACUUCUCCUGCUGCAACUGAUCAAAGUCAUCAGAGCUGGACCUCAUCACAGGUGGUUUAAGGACUACAAAUGCAAAAAACUGCCAAAACAGAAGUGAGACAUAAUCUCUGCAGAAGUAUAGCAACAGGAACAAAUGAUUGUCGUGAAUAACCCAAACAAUUAAACAUUUGGAUUAAGUGAGCAAACUAUCAUGGGA